AUGUCCCGGCCAAGUGAGUGGUAAGCCAACACCCAAUCAAAAAAAAAAGUAGUAAGCCAACAGUUGGUUAAACUGAUUCCCUACAUCUGCGACUGCUAAAUUGUCAUGCACUUUGGCCCUUUGCUUUCCUUCUUUUUACCCUCACUUGCAUAUCUGAUUCUUCUUUCUCUCUUUCAACAAAUUCCGCAACUGAAAAAGAGGUUCUUCCUUAGUAAUACCCACAGAAUGCCUUAACCUUAGACCAAUUCUUUCCGCUCAAUUGUGGAAGUAUCUCACAACUCUGACUUUGAUCAAAUUAUGCUUCUGGGGUUUUGGGUAAUUCUUCAAAGGUAAAAAGAAUAUGACUUUUUAUACAUGCAAUAAUGCUUUACUAGCAAUUUCUAUGCUUUUCCUAUCUGGGUUUCAUGUUUAUGAUGCUAAGGAAUGUACAAAUAGUCUUAAUUAUAAUCAACUCUCAUCAAAAACCUUGAGAUAUGAACUUUUGACAUCAAGAAAUGAAACAUGGAAACUAGAUAUGAUGAAUAAGAUGUCUAAUGAUCAUUUUCAUUUGACUCCAACUGAGGAAUCUUCUUGGUCUAGUUUAUUUCCUAGAAGAAUUUUAAGGGAAGAAGAUGAAUCAAGAUGGAAUAUAUUGUAUCAGAAAAUCAAGUAUUCUGAUAAAAAAAACAAGAAUUUUCUUAAGGAAAUUUCAAUGCAUAAUGUGAGAUUAAACCCUGAUUCAUUACAUGGGAAAGCUCAACAAACAAAUUUAGAGUAUUUGCUAAUGUUGGAUGUUGAUAGUUUGGUUUGGAGCUUCAGAAAAACUGCUGGUUUAUCCACUUUAGGAACUCCAUAUGGCGGAUGGGAAGCGCCCACUAUUGAGCUUCGUGGACAUUUUGUGGGUCAUUAUUUGAGCGCAACGGCACAGAUGUGGGCAAGCACUCACAAUAAUACCCUUAGAAACAAAAUGAAAUCACUUGUAACUGUUCUGAAGGAGUGUCAGGAUCAAAUGGGAACAGGAUAUCUUUCAGCAUUUCCUUCUGAGUUCUUUGACAGAUUUGAAGCCUUAAAGCCUGUGUGGGCACCUUAUUAUACUAUUCACAAGAUUAUGGCAGGUCUCUUGGAACAGUAUAAACUUGCCGACAGUUCUCAAGCUCUUAAGAUGGUGACUUGGAUGGCUGAUUAUUUCUACAAGCGUGUGCAGGAUGUGAUAAGGAACUACAGCAUUGAACGACAUUGGGUUUCAUUAAAUGAAGAAACUGGUGGCAUGAAUGAUGUCCUAUAUCAGUUAUUCAGUUUUACGGGUGAUCAGAAGCACUUAUUGUUAGCUCAUCUUUUCGACAAACCGUGCUUUUUAGGAAUUCUUGCAAUGCAGGCUGAUGAUAUAUCAGGUUUUCACGCAAACACUCACAUUCCAAUUGUCAUUGGUGCUCAAAUGCGGUAUGAAUUAACCGGGGAUGAACUAUACAAGGGAAUGAGUGCAUUUUUCAUGGAUGUUGUAAACUCGACCCAUAGUUUUGCAACAGGAGGAACUUCAGUGUCUGAGUUCUGGCAAGACCCAAAGAGGUUAGGUGAUAAGCUACACACCGAAACCGAAGAAUCUUGUACGACCUACAAUAUGUUAAAGGUUUCCCGCAACCUGUUUAGAGGGACAAAGGAAGUGACUUAUGCAGAUUCAUAUGAGCGAGCACUUACAAAUGGCAUCAUAAGUAUACAAAAAGGAAACAUACCUGGAGUAAUGAUAUAUAUGCUUCCUCUAGGUCAUGGAGUCUCCAAAGGAAGAAGUUAUCACGGUUGGGGAACUCCGGAGAAUUCCUUCUGGUGCUGUUAUGGAACAGGGAUCGAGUCAUUUUCAAAGUUAGGAGAUUCCAUUUACUUUGAAGAGGAUGGAAAAGUACCUCAGCUUUAUGUAAUUCAGUAUAUAUCUACCUCACUUGAUUGGGCAUCUAGAUGGAUUUCACUAAUCCAGGUUGUAGAUAAUGUUUUUUCAGGCGAUCAAAGCCUCAAUGUGAAAAUCAAAGUUUCAGCCAAGAAGGGCUCAGGGGUGUCUAUUUUAAAUUUGCGGAUUCCUUCUUGGACAUCUUCGACUGGUUUAAAAGCCACUCUAAAUCAAGAUCCUCUACUUGUUGCAAACCCAGGUAGUUUUCUGUCACUAUCUAGAACCUGGGGGACCGCAAACGAAAUUGCACUACAGUUUCCUCUAAUACUCAAAACAGAAUUUGUACAAGAUGAUCGACCAAUUUAUUCUUCCCUUCAAGCAAUCUUGUACGGACCGUUCUUGCUUGCGGGUUUAUCUGAUGGUGAGUAUGACAUUCAAACUGGGCCAGUAAAUGCUCCUUCAGAUUGGAUAUCCGCAAUUCCAGCUAGCUACAACUCGCAACUGAUUUCUCUUGUACAAGCGAAUGGAGAUUUCAAAUUCUUCCUGUCCAACCAGAACCAAGUGCUCAAAAUGCAAGAAUCUCCUCAAGCGGAAAAUGAUUCGUAUGUGCAUGCUACAUUUAGGCUCAUUUCGAAGAUGGGUAUUGUUGGGAAAGAAGGUUUUAUUGGUAAAUCGGCCAUGUUAGAACCUUUUGAUCGUCCUGGAAUGGUUGUGUCUUACCAUUGUCAAGAAGCACAUAAAGAGCUCACUAUCGAGGAUCAACGCUCUAUUGAUCAUACAAGAUCGGCUUAUUUUCUCAUUGUUGAGGGAUUGAAUGGAGAUAAUAGAACCAUUUCCUUGCAAGCUAAUCACGGUUGUUUUGUAUAUACUGCCAUUAAGUACUCGAAAUCUGAUGUAAAUGUGAAGUUAAGCUGCACAAAUGGAUCAUCGUUGGAUUCUACGUUUAAGGAGACAACGAGCUUCGUAUGGAACGAGGGCUUUAAGAGGUAUCAUCCUAUGACUUUCUUGGCAAAAGGGUUGAGAAGGAGCUAUAUUCUUGAACCUUUAUUCGCACUGAAAGAUGAAACUUAUAACGUUUACUUCAACAUUACCAAGUACUAGAAAUCAGUUGCUUUUACGUCCUGUUUGUAGAUAAUAAGUUUUCUUUACUGGAUUUGAGUAUACGUAUUUAGAAAAGAAACAAAUUAGAGUUUGCUAGAAAUCGGUUGCUUUUACGUCCUGUUUGUAGACAAUAAGAUUUCGGUUUUCGACCAGAGGUUUUUGUAAA